AUGCCCAACGCAUUCCGAAUCGCAGCGGAUUUCUCCCAUCUGGGGAGUAUCCUGAUUCUGCUGCACAAGAUGGUGCAGAUGAACAGCUGCUCAGGCAUUUCGUUCAAGUCGCAGGCUCUUUACUUCUUCGUCUACGUCACGAGAUACUUGGACAUUUUCUCCACUACCAGUAUCUACAACCUCAUCUUCAAGAUCCUCUUCCUCGGCUCCCAAGGAUACAUCCUCUACCUGAUGACGAACGCCUACAAGCCCACCAACGACCCCAACUCCGAUACCUUCCGUGUCCAGUACCUCCUCGCAGGCGCCGCUGUUCUUGCCAUCAUCUUCCCCUACAAAUACAGCUUCUCCGAGAUCUCCUGGGCCUUCUCCAUCUGGCUCGAGUCCGUCGCCAUUCUCCCCCAGCUGUUUAUGCUCCAGCGCACCGGCGAGGCCGAGACAAUCACCACACACUACCUGUUCGCCUUGGGAAGCUACCGAGCUCUGUACAUCCCCAACUGGAUCUACCGCUACUUCACCGAGCCCGACCACACCCCCGACUACAUCGCCAUCAUUGCCGGCAUCGUCCAGACCGUCCUCUACAGCGACUUCUUCUACAUUUACUACACGAAGGUCAUGAAGGGCAAGAAGUUCAAGCUGCCAGUCUGA